AUGCGGUCGUCAAUCCUCCCCUUCCUCGCCCUCACCACGGGCUUGACCGUCGCGCGCCAUGCCCACCAGAUGCGAGCAGACUUCAACAUCGCGGACCUCCCACAAGCCCACUCUGCCCGAGGCCUCCCUGCCGCAGACGGCAAGAAGGGUGUUCUCCUGAUGAACCGCAUCGGGCCCUCGUCGUCGGAACUGUACAUUGCCAACGAGGACGGCACAAACGAGCGCAAGCUUUUAGGCAACUCCUCCUCCUUUGAGUACCACGCCUCCUUCUCGCCGGAUGGUCAAUGGGUCACAUUCACAACGGAGCGCAAUGGCGACGGUAACUCCGACCUCUACCGCUGCCGCUUCUCCGCCGUAGCAAACGGCACCUGCGCAGACCUGGAGAAACUCGUCGCCACGCCCUCUGUCGAGGACGCCGGCGCGCUGUCCCCCGACGGCACCAAGCUCGCCUACGUCUCGACAGAGAACGGCUACAAGACCAACGUCUGGGUUCUGGACCUAGCAACCGGCGAGAGACGGAACCUCACCAACACGGCCGAGGUCGCCGGCGACACCCUGAAGCCAGACGGCUACUUCCGCCCAAGCUGGUCUCCCGAUGGCCGAUGGAUCGCAUUCGCCUCGGACCGGAACACGGAAUGGCGCGGCCACGGCAACGGCACAGGCUGGGAACACACGCAAGAGCUCUCCGUCUACGUCAUCCGCCCCGACGGCACCGGUUUCCGCCAGCUGGCCACGAAACCCGGAUACUGCCUCGGCUCGCCCAAGUGGUCGCCCGACGGCACGCGCGUGGUGUACUACGAGAUAACGACGGAGGACACAUGGAACGCCCAUCGUCCCGAGUCGGUCGCGAGCGUCGCAUCGGCCAUCGUCUCGGUGGACUUGGAGACCGGAGCGGACCGCGUCGAGCACGCUUCCGGCGCGGGCCUCAAGAUGUUCCCGCAGUGGCUGGAGACCACAACCGCCGCCGACGACGACGAUGGCGCAGGUAACAACAACAUCGCCUACCUGAUCAAGGGCAACGACGACGAAGGGUACAACUACACGUCCGGCGCCACGCCGGCCGUCAAGGCAGCCAUCCGGUCGCCGGCGUGGUCUCCCGACGGCAAGCUCGUCGUCUACGAGAAAGUAGGCUUCACGGCGCGGCCGAUGGAGAAACCGCUCUACAGCUGGGACGACGACUGGGAAUACCGCCACACCGACGUCUUCCCCCAGCUGUCGCUCCAAGGCCGCCUGGUGAUGACGCAGAAGCAGCUCGGCAACUCCUCCAUCGUGUCGAUGAACCCGGACGGCACCGACCUCAAACUCGUCUUCGACUCCUACUCCACCGGCGAGCUCGACGCCGCCCUCGUCGCAAAGGGCCUGGCCGGCGCCUUCCAGCCGUCCUGGUCGUCCGACGGGGGGUGGGUCGUCUUCGGCCUGGGCUCGUGGUUCCAGUCCCGCGCGACCGGCAAAGCCCGCGUCUACCGCGCCGCCUCCGACGGCACCUUUUACGAGGCCCUGACGGACGGCACGGUCCACUCCGGGUUCCCCAGCUACUCGCCCGACGGGAACAGCGUCGUCUUCCGCGAGUGGGGCGUCCGCUACGGCCUGCGCGUCGUCGACCUCUCGACGCGACGGGUGCGCUCGCUGACCAACGCGACGGAUAACCUGCCGUUCUGGUCGCCCGACGGCGAGCGCAUCGUCUUCACGCGCAAGACGAGCUCGACCAACUUUGACGUCUGCACCAUCCGCCCCGACGGCACCGACCUGCGCGUCCUCACGUCCAGCGGCGCCAACGACGCCCACGCCGUCUGGACCGCAGACGGGCGCAUCAUGUACUCGAGCGGCAUGUACGGCUUCCGCGACGAGGCGGCCGUCUACGACCAGACAUUCCAGCCGUACGGGCAGAUCAUGGUCAUGGAUGCCGACGGGUCCAACAAGCGCAUGUUGACGGAUAGUUUGUGGGAGGACUCGAUGCCUUUGUACGUGCCGAACGAGUUUUUGGUGUAA